ACACUGAAGAGAGAAGCGCAUGUCUGCAGGACGCUCGUAGAUCAGCUCCAUGCACCUAUGGGACGGACUUCUUUAAUAUCUGAAUAAUAUUAGUGUACGCCCCUUAGGUUCUAAUAGACCAUGGAGCAGGCUGCCGACCGCCUGUUGGAACUCAUCGAUGAAUGGCUGGAGGAGGCAGGGGAGUGUAGCUCUAACCUGAAGGCUCUGGCCAGAGAGCUGAUGUCCUUGAGAGAAAACUGUAAUGCAGUGGAGACAGUGGGCAGCACAGUGGCCGUCGCAGGGUCAUUGCUCGCCAUCGGAGGUGCCUUUUUCACUGGGGGAGCCUCUCUGGCUCUGCUAGGAGCUGUGGGAGGCGUCGGCGCGGGCGUCAGUGUUGUGACCAAAAUCACAGAGCAGUUCAUGACCAGCAGCAAGCUGAACAGUGUCAAGAAAAUUGACAAGAAUUGUAACGAGAUCUCAGAAAAAAUACAAUCUCUGUUUAACCAACUGAGAGAUGAGUGUCCAUCCAGCGAAACCACCCAGAAAGACCAAUAUGCUGUGAAUGAGAUUCUGAAAGCAAUCUCACGACGAAGUGGAAUAGGAUGUUUCACAUAUGUCACUGAUUUUCAUGAUGUGGUCCACGGUUUAGUAGAAAAUGAUUUAGUGAAGGCCAUCUCAAAAGGCCUGGCAGUCUCCCUUAUGGGUGAAUUCCUGUCUGCGUUCUCCCUGCUCUCUGCUGCAGCCUCAAAAGGAGGAGAGCGGGUCGGAAAAGCAGUGGCCAUACGAGGAGCAUCCAGGUUUCUUGGUGGUGUGGUGGGCUUGGCCUUUUCUCUUCCUGAAGCCAUAGACAACUGGACAGAGGCCAUUAAAAACAAACAUGAGACACAAGCCAGUAAAUCCCUGAGAGACACAGCCGAGAAGAUCGACGACACUCGGAGGAAUCUGACCGACAAACUAUCACAGAUACAGAAGAUGUUGAAAGACACUGCAAAAAAUCUCCAAGACAAAACCAAAGCUCAGUCAACAUCAACAAGGAAAAGCUCUCAAUCCUCUAAAGAAUAUUGCAAUCAAUAUCUGGAUACAUGCCAACCCAAUAUGUUCAGACUAAACUUCAGUGGUAGUAGUAGUGGUAGUGAAAGUUGGAGUAGUAGUAGUAGUAGUAGUAGCAGUAGUAGUAGCAGUAGUAGUAGUAGUGGCUAUGAAGAGGUGGAGUUGAAGGUGGCGGUGCUCAAUUCUCGCUCUGUCAAUAAAUUAAUUAGGAGAGGUGAUCGAGCACUGAUUGACCUAAUUCAGAACAACAACCUAGAUGUACUUUUGAUUACAGAGACGUGGUUACUGGAGGGUCAAACCACUGAUGACUUUAAAAAGAUCCUGCCUCCAAAUUACAGUGUUUUCAGUGAACCACGGGGUCACGGGCGAGGAGGGGGUGUUGCUAUCGUCUACUCUAAUGAAUUUGAGUGUUAUUCAAACCCUUUUGACAAUGACCUAACUGUUAGAUUUGAAUACAUAUCAGCUUUACUGUGCCGUCCUUGUUCACUAGAUGGUAUCCUUAUGUUGAAUAUCUACCGCCCACCUAAACAGUAUCCCGAGUUUUUUGAUGAGCUUGAAAAACUGUUGUCCAAGGCUUUUGCUGAGUAUAGUUUAGUUGUAAUCGGGGGAGAUUUCAAUAUUUGGGUUGAUUGUCCAAAAAACAGAUUCUCAGUCAAGUUUCAGGAGCUUCUGAAAAGAAAUGGCCUGGUUCAGCAUGUGUCCGAUCCCACUCAUAGAGGAGGCCACAUCUUAGACCUGGUCCAAACCCGUCUGAAUGUGAGAAUCUCGAAUGUUUUGGUGAGACCCAACAACUUUUCAGACCAUCACACAGUCUUUUUCAAUGCACACUACCGAUCCCAAAGUGCCAUAAGAUCAAAGAGAAGUGUAGAACGUCUGAAAGAAAAGAAGAAACGCAAAAAACAGAGAAGGAGGGACAGACGCGAUAAAUAAUUGUUCAUAUAGUCUCUGUAGUCUAGGGAUCUAGGGCUGCUUCUAUCGAUUUAGCAAAUGAAUUAAUCUGUAUAUACAUAUAGUGUCUUCUACGGUAGCGCCUUCACCCAGGACCUCAAGUUGAAGCCCACCAUCAGAAGCUCCAAUAGAGGAUGUAGAGUAGAGGAUGUACUUCCUGCCUGUUAUAUACGUGGAUAGAAAUAAUUACAUGAAUAAGGAGGCGAGAGACAGGACUACAAGGCAAACAAGUUGUAUUAUUAUCAUUGUAUUUGUAUUAGUUGCUUAGUUGAUUUAUGGAAAUUGCUGUACAUUUAGAAGGCAGCAAGGGUGGUGACCCAGAAGGGACAAACUUAAUGUUAACAUUACUGCCAUAGAUAACUGCUUAUUAAUUCUUAUGGAUGCCUCUUAAUGAAUUUUCAUUGUAUUGUAUAGUAUGUUUGAUGUUUUCAACGGUCUUAAUCAGGAAGCAGAUAUUGUACAGACAGAGCUGGAUUUAAUGUAUCUGUAUUGUUCUGACUGACUGUGAUUAUGUGGCACUUUAGCCCAAUACAGACUUCCUUUCGAGGCCAAUAAAGUUAACCUUACCUU